GGCGCCCGGCAGGUGGCGCCGCAGCCCCGGGCCCGGGCCUUCUCGUUGCGCGGUCACGCUGCCCCUCUUCCUUCCGCCGGCUGCGCACUCACAGUGAACCCUGCGCGCGUCUCCUGUUGGGGUGCGUGCCCCGCGCUACGCUGGGCGCCAUGGCGUUCCCCGGAGCCCGGGCCCGCGUCUGGGCGGCAGCAGCCAGAGCGGCCCAGAGGGGCCACCGCGUGGAGAACGCAGGAGAGUCCCCGAGUCCUGAGCCUGCGGGCCGGCGCGCGGCGCUUUACGUACACUGGCCUUACUGCGAGAAGCGCUGCAGUUACUGCAACUUCAACAAGUACAUCCCUCGCCGCGUGGAGGAGGCUGCCAUGCAGAAGUGUCUGGUGACCGAAGCGCAGACGCUGCUGCGGCUCAGCGGGGUGCAAUGGGUGGAGUCUGUGUUCUUCGGUGGGGGGACCCCCAGUUUAGCCAGUCCCCACACGGUGGCUGCUGUCCUGGAGGCUGUGGCACAGACAGCCCACCUGCCUGCAGACUCGGAAGUCACAUUGGAGGCUAAUCCUACUUCAGCUCCGGGCUCCAGACUGGCAGAGUUCGGGGCAGCAGGGGUCAACAGGUUGUCUAUAGGCCUCCAGUCCCUAGAUGACACUGAGCUCCGGCUGUUGGGACGGACGCACUCAGCCUGCGAUGCUCUGCGGACGCUGGCAGAGGCCCGGCGCCUCUUUCCCGGGCGCGUGUCUGUGGAUUUGAUGCUGGGGCUGCCAGCACAGAAGGUGGGGCCGUGGCUUGGGCAGCUGCAGGAACUGCUGCACCACUGUGAUGACCACCUCUCCCUCUACCAGCUGUCCCUGGAGCGGGGCACCGCACUCUUCGCCCAGGUGCAGCGGGGUACCCUUCCAGCCCCUGACCCGGAGCUCGCAGCUGAGAUGUACCAGAGGGGCCGGGCCGUUCUUCGGGAGGCUGGCUUCCACCAGUAUGAGGUCUCCAACUUUGCCCGGAAUGGAGCGCUCAGUACCCACAAUUGGACUUACUGGCAGUGUGGUCAGUACCUUGGCAUUGGGCCUGGGGCCCAUGGGCGAUUUAUGCCCCAGGGGGCUGGAGGCCACACCCGGGAGGCUCGAAUCCAGACACUGGAGCCUGACAACUGGAUGAAGGAGGUGAUGCUGUUUGGCCAUGGCACCCGGAAGCGUGUCCCCCUGGGCAGGCUGGAGCUGCUGGAGGAAGUUUUGGCCCUGGGGCUACGCACCGAUGUGGGGAUCACUCACCAGCACUGGCAGCAGUUUGAGCCCCAGCUGACCCUGUGGGACGUGUUUGGAGCGAACAAGGAGGUGCAGGAGCUGCUGGAGCGGGGCCUACUGCAGCUGGAUCACAGGGGUCUUCGGUGUUCCUGGGAGGGUCUGGCUGUGCUAGAUUCUCUCUUGCUGACGCUCCUGCCUCAGCUCCAAGAGGCCUGGCAGCAGAGAACCCCCUCCCCUGUGCCAGGAGGAUGACAAAAUGUUCCUGUGUUCCAGGGUAAUGCCAGGUGGGUUUUGAGAGCCGGUCGGUACUGCAGACAUCUCUUCUGCAUUGUCGGGUGCCGUCUCUGCUGCAUGUGGUCAUUGGCCAGCCCUGGCAUCCCCAGGGGAAUGGCAGCAGUGAGGUAGAUGGGAGGACAUUUCUGGUCGGUGAACUGGCAUCCCAUUCAGCUUCUCAGGACUCACAGGCCAGCAUGUGUUCCGUGGCUGGGAAUUGCCUACCACCCACAUCAGCUUCUGUUUACCUUUUUGGCAUCAAAUAAUGAACAGUGUUUGGAAAUCUUUCUACAGGCAACUACCUCCCCAAGAGAAGCCUUCCUUACUUUGGAGUAAGGUCCUAAGACAGCUGGAUGAGUCAGGAAAACCAUGUCCCCUCUAGGUAUUAUUAAUAUAAGCAGGAAGGGAUCUAUUAUAGGAAUGAGGUAUUUAUAAAACCACUGAAAGGGACAGAGAAGUGAAAAUUGGAGAAAGCCAGUAACAACUGUCAGAAAUCAGCAACAUGCAGGAGGCACAGAAAACUCCUGCUGAUGGUCUCAGCUUCCAGCAGCACAAAAGCAGAUGAUGUACUGGAAAGUGCUCAGAAGAUGCUACAAAACCUCAUGCCUACUGUCUGCCACUGCUGGAAAAGGAAUCAUGGUUUCUAGACGUGCCUCUCAUUAGUGGACUUUAAAGCAAAUCCUGGCUGGCAGGAAAUUCUGAGGAAUAUAGUUCUUAGGCUUCCAGCCUCUACCAUGCAGGAGAGAACACAGAAGGACUGAUACAUGUUGGUGGAUCCAUGUAUGUGUCCAGCACAGCGGCCUGCUGGACUCUGAGAACUGGGAAAGAUCAGAGCAAGCCUUGUCUCUUACUUCAGGAAACCAGAAUAUGUUUGGGGUGGUAGGAGCCACGCAGACUCUCCUGAGUCCCCUCACUGACUUCCUUCCCCCUGUGCCUUUCCUUUGAGAGUGAAGGUGGGUGGAGUUGACCAGAGAAAGGGGAGAGAAUUCAGGAAAGACCCAAAGUGUUUGUAAUUCUUCUUUGUCCUUUUACCUACAGAAAUGGUCACAUGGUUCUAUUUAAAUAGCCUAAUAAACACAUCUGGAGCCUGU